UUUGACAAAAAAAGUCAAAACGGAGUUCCCAACUCCGAAAAUAAAAAGUGGUCAAAAACAACUUUAUUGAUUGCGGAUUUCUGAACUCCGAAACAGAGUUGCAUCAGGCUUUCUUAUUUUCAGAUCUGCCAAAUCCGAAUUCAGAGGAUUAGAUUUCCGGGCUUCGUGAUUGGUUGGCUACAGAUCGGAGGAUAGUUUUGUUGUUAUAAAUUCACCUCCCCACCUGCUUCCUCCCAUACCUUCAUCCGAGCCCCCCUUCAACCUCCUCUCAACCCCUCAAAAGGUUUGUAAUGGCCGAACGAGUUGCACAACCAGGGCCUCAGGAUCGUUCAGUGUUAUUUAUGCUACCCGAUGAGCAUCGUGCCGAUCGUGUGUGGCAUGAAUCAUCAUUUCGUGACGUCAAACUGAAAUGCCAGCACUAUUCGAGAGAAGCCUACGUUGAGGAGGGUCCGCGUCAUCCUGGGGUGGUACAGUUGCUGAGAGUAUCGGGGUUUCAUGGUGUGGAGAGAAUAGGACAAUUGCAGUUAGAUUGGUCUCUUGUGACUGCGUUAGUGGAGAGGUGGAGACCCGAGGUACAUGCAUUUCAUUUGCCCUUUGGUGAGGUAGGUUUGACCUUGCAGGACGUACAAGUGUUGUUGGGGUUGCCUGUUGACGGCAUACCACUCACUGGUCCUACUAUUACUGAGAAGGCAGCGUUAUUGCAGAUGUGUGCAGAUUCUGUUGGUUUUAUACCAAUAGAUGAGGAUUUAAAUUCACCCACCAUAAAAGUACCGAAUAUCCACCGCAUCCGAUUAACUGAAUGGAGCACUGAGAACGAGGUGACUCAACACACCAGAGCCCUCAUUUGGCAGUUGUUAGGCGGUUCGUUAUUCCCUACCACUAGUGCGAACAUGGUUCGUUAUUCCAGAACUUCUCGAGCUGAGCCCCGUCAAGAAACAAGAUUUCCAAAUGAGAUGGAUAUGCGUCCAAGACGGAGAGAACAACAUGAUUGAUUUGUAUUUGUACUCUUAUAAUGUUAUCUUUUUUUGUACUUUGUUUUAAUGUUGUAAAAUAUUUAUUAGCCAUAUGUUUUAUGUGUACCUUUAAUAUGACUUAUUGUGCAAUGAACUUUGUUUAAUUUUGAAUUCGUAUGACUUUAUG